AUGGGCCUAGAGUCAAACUGGCAUUUCAGCUCGGUCGAGGAUGAAAGUGAACUCACCCAGGACCAAGAACGAGACAGGAAGACCGAAUUUACUACGCGCAUUCGACAGUCAUCUGCCAAAGGAGAUCCAACCCAGCCAACACCGAAAUACAUCGCUCGUUUAAGGUGGAUCAAUGACCACUGGGCUUUAGAGAUUGCCUCUUGCGCUGGCGGUCUGGCUGCCCUUUUCUGCAUAGUUGGUGUGCUUCUUGAAUACGACGGGAGUGCUCUCCCGGAAUGGCCGUAUGGAAUCACAAUCAACUCGGUUCUCUCGUGGAUUGUCCUGGUGUUUAAUGCCUUCAUCCUGGGAACCAUAUCAACGUGCUUUGGCCAAAUGGCGUGGAUUAACUUCAGCACGCCCACUGACAGGCCACUGUCAGACGUCACUUCAUAUCAUUGGGCCAGCCGAGGGGCUAUCGGCUGCGUCGCCUUUAUAUGGAGGUCCAAGAUGAGGAAUUGGGCAUCUUUAGGGGCCUUUUCUACUAUUCUUGCAGUCGGGGUAAGCCCUUUUGUUCAACAGAUGGCCACUGUCCAGAACAAUCUUGUUCAGGUCGAUGGGCCAGUAUCUGUAGGACGUGCACAGACAUACUUCAGUGGUAGAGACAAUAUGGUAGUCGAAAGUACACACGCUGCUAUCUAUAGCUUCCUGCUAGCCAGUCCUGGGUCUGGUGACCCUGGUCACAGCUCUGCCGCGUCUCGUCCAAGGAUUCCAGUGAAGUGCGAUUCGGGGCAGUGUGACUUCGCUCCAUUUCAAUCGCUUGCCGUCUGCUCAGACUGUUCUGAUUUAUCAGAUGUACUCACUUCACAUUGCGAAGACGGUCCUUGCGCAUCAGAGGCAACCAUGUGCAAUUAUUCGCUACCGAACGGGAUGCACGCCAAUAUGUCCGACUAUGCUAUUUCAUCAAAUACAUUCCUCGAAACAAAUGUUUCAUAUACGGGGCAGAGAACUCAUUCUGGCUUUUGGCCCGACGACCGGAGCAUGAUUUUAAACCUCACAGAGAUACGGGCUCAGUCGUUGGCCAAUAGAACCGAGUUCAAGGCUACUGCGGCACGAUGCUCUUUACGCUGGUGUGUCAACACAUACUCUGCGCGUAUACAAGACCAUAAAUAUGUUGAAAAUAUUACGGACUCUUGGUACGACCCGAAUCCUGUGCGGACUCUGGCAACUGCACCCGAUGGAGUACGGCUUGAUUUUCAACCGCCCAGCAAAGGCAGCUUCAAACAAUCCAACUUUACUGUCGAUGAGAGAGACAGUUUUAACACCCAAUCCUGGUUGGUAGAUCACAUGGUAAUGCGAUAUGCUUUCGAUGGCUGGUGUACGAGUCACGGGCCCUUGCUGGGGUUCAAUUCUCAGACUCAAACAGAGCUUCUAGGGCCACUAAGGCGUUCUAGUUUGAAUGACACAUUUCAGAAAAUUGCAACAGCAAUGACCGUUGCAAUACGGAGUGUAGACCCAGCUGCACAGGCUACAGCACCAGAGGAAUUCGGGCCCCUGGAAGCUGUGGAACUCGCCAAUGGGACGGCCUUUGCAAUGGAAACCCAGAUCCAAGUCCAGUGGCCAUGGAUUAUCGUCCCCUCACUACUUCUUAUUCUGACUACCAUCUUCCUGGGGAUCACCAUUGUCAAGACAAGGCAGAAUGGCCUGAAAGCGUGGAAGCGGUCCCCCGUAGCUCUGAUCUGUGCGGGCUUAGACCAGACUGCCCAGCAGCAGAUACGUGGAGCCGGGGAUCCAAUUAUGAUGGAGGAAGUAGCGGCUGAUAUAAAAGUGCAUCUUCAAAAAGGGGAGCCGAGGUUACAGAUGGUUGUUGGAGGUUGGAGGUGA